AUGGUAGAAGCACUCAAGGUCCUGGACAACACAGUCCGACCUGAGCUGCUCUCCAAACCGUGGAUCGGACAAGUCGUCGGACAGACAUCGAUUACGUUCACGGAGACCGUCGAUCUGAGUGUCACGUUGCACACGGCCGCCGGUCAGGUCAAAUUGCCUGGGAAAUAUCGGUGCUAUGUUGUCGACUCGAACGACGAACUAAUUGUCAGCAAGCACCUGCCACAAUCCAUUGGCCUGGACAUGUCCAAGCUGCUCGAACAAGUCACAGUCCGGCAAGGUGAAGGCGACGGCGAUGGCAUUGGCGACCACAAUGAGAGCGAAUAUGUCACGUUCGAUAUAUGUGUGCGAAACUUGCACGAUAUGAACAAACAGCUCGAUGCCGAAGACAUGAGUGCUGCCGAGCAUUUGUUCGAGCUGGCUAUGAAGACCAAUCCUACUUUGGUCGCGGGCGAUGCAGUCCAGCGAGACCAGUUGAAGAUGGUGGUGAUAGCAGCAGCAGCGAGCGGGAUGUGGCGAAGCAAGUUCCUUGGCACAGACCCGCCAGCAGACCCGCGCAAAAUGAACUCGCUGACGAGCAUGUUUGUCGAAGCGUUCGGCAAGCAACACGAACAAGAAAACGUCAUUUACGUGAACAACUCAAGCGCACACUGUAGCCCUGUCAACCCGGUGAUGAAGCCAGAAGGCAGAAGCUCGUGA